AUGCAAUCAAAGGUAAAGCGAAAACUUUUGGCUGAAUUAAAACAGUUGAAGAUACGACAAAAAUGUGUGGAGAAGAAUAUCACGUGGUCGAUUAAGCUUAAAGAUGUUGAAGACGAUGAAUUAGAGUUUCUGAAAUCUGUUGAAAAAAUGAAAACUCAAUUUGAAAAAAAUUACAAAGCCAAUGUGAAUGAUGCAAAAUCAACUGUGAAAGAAUGUUUAACAAAAGUUCAUCAAUUUCAAAAGACGAUUGCAAACUAUGAAGAGGAUUUAUUAGCAGCACGACCUUCAGAACUUCUUAAAACUAUGGCUGAGAUCAACGUGCUUCUGUCUGAAAAUCUUUACAUUUGUAACAAGGAAAUGGCAUCGCUGAAGUUUCAAAGUGAACAUUUUUAA